CAGAAAGCCAAUGACAUCACACACCACAGAAAUGAAGCAGUUUGCCUGCAUCCUUCACUUGUACAGCAGUAGAGCGUACAAAUAUUUCCGAAAGCGAUUUCCUCUGCCUCAUCCUUCCACCCUGACAAUUUGGCUGUCCACAGACACGGCUAGCCCAGGCUUCAGUGACAGAGCCUUCUUCCACCUUCAGCAAAGAGUCGAGAGCCACGCAACGGCAUACCAGUAUUGCUCGCUGAUGAUAGAGAGCGUGACUCUUAGGGAUCAGCUAGAAUGGGAUCGUGCGACUCAGCGGCUGGCCGGGUUUGUCGACGUGGGCUCAGGUGCGCUUGACGCUGACGAAGCACCGGCGGCCUCAGAGUCCAUCGUCUUAAUGGCCGUCGGGGUGUUCGUUCCCUGGAGAGUUCCCCUGGGAUACUUCUUUGUCGGCUGGGUCACAGGCCAUGUGCUGGCCCAGCUGCUCCGUCAGGCAAUCAACAGACUGAAUCACAUUGGCGUCACGGUGCUGUCUGUGACGUCUGCUGCCAGUGCCCGUGGCAUGGCCACCGCAAAGGCCCUGGGCGUGCUGAUUGAGGCUGGCUGUAUCAGGUGCACUUUCCGGCAUCCUCCCGGUUCUUCCCACCACAUUGCAUACUUCUUUGACGCUUGCCACUUGUUGCAGCUGUUAAGAAACACAUUCCAGUCCUUCGGUCGGCUGGAGUUUGAAGGCGGUGCUGCGGAGUGGCGGCACGUGGUGGCGCUGGCGGCCCUGCAGCAGGAAAAGGCGGUCCUUGAUGGCAACUUCCUGCCCAGCAAGCUCAGGAAGAGCCCGGGCUGCUGUUUGAAGGUGAACCAGGCCACCCAGUUGUUCAGCGAUGAGGUGGCAGAAGUGCUGGAACAUCUCGAAUUACUGGGCCUGCCUACGUUUCAAGACUGCAGGGGGACUGCUAAGUUUGUGCGCUUGAUCAGCAACUUAUUUGAGGUGUUCAGCAGCAGAAACCGACACGGGAAAGGACUGAAAGGCCCCGUGUCGGCUAGAACCUACGCCAAGGUCAGUCUCCUGCUGAGCGAAGCAAAAAGUACGUUUGUGGCAUUACGAGACAGUUCAGGGAGGCGCAUACUGAAAGGGAGACGGAAUCUGGGUUUCCUGGGCUUUUUGCUCAAUGCCGAGAGCUUAAAGUGGCUUUAUUCAAAUUACAUACAUUUUGACAAGGUGCCUUCCCGGUCUCUCCUGACCUUCGUUUUCAGCCUGGACCAUUUGAAAGUAUUCUUGGAGAUUCUCAGACAAACAUAUGCAAUCAAUGGCAAUCCCCCCUGUGUAGCAUUCCAGGCAGCUUAUUGGAAGGUGCUUACCAGUUACAUUUUUAGGCCAGGUGAGCAGGAGGAUAGCCUUUUAGGAGAAGCAAGUACCUUGGACGAAUCUCUCUAUCGAAGAAGGGACUUAACCCUCGGUGCGAUUCAUGCUCUGUACCAUGCCGAGGUGACUGUGCCAACGGAUAGCCUACUCUGUUUGGCUCCCAGCUCCUCCCUCUCCGACCUGAGUAAUGCACUGACGGAGCUGCCAGUGCUUGCAAGAGGCCGCAGUGCCGCCAGCUUCGUUGCUGAGAAGUUGGCGGCGGCCCUAAGAUGCGGGGUGUGCGUCAUGGCCCUCUUUGCUUCUAAGGACGGACUGUUAAGCCACGAUUUGGACCGGCGUAUAAAGCGUGUGGACGGUUUGAGUUCACCGUCAGUGUGCGUGCGGCAGAUCGUAAAAACCUCAGAGCGUGUCCUAAGAAGAUACGCUAAUGUCAAAGAUUCUCUAAUAUAUUUAAAGCAGCUGCAGUUACCUCUAGAAAAGAAAAUCUUACAUGAACUUUCUGGGCAAAGUCCCUUUUUCCCAGACUUAAGCAAUCACCUCUUUGACGGUGAGACGAGUGUUUCCAAUCACUAUACAAAACUGUUGAAGGAAAUCGUGCAGGGCUAUCUCGGCAUCAGAGCUGAGCAAGAGCAAAACUGGGAUCUACGAGGCAGGUCAUCGUCUGCAGUCGACAGAUUGACCAAGGCUAUGACAGGACUGGAAAAUCCCACAGAGACAUCAGGAACACUUCUGGAUCUAUAA